UGAAAUCACAAAAGCAUCAUAAGAAGAAGAAGAAACUACAAAAAUCAAUCAAAGAGAAGUAAGAGAAAUGGCAGGUUCUAACUGUGGAUGUGGCUCCUCCUGCAAAUGUGGUGACUCUUGCAGUUGCGAGAAGAACUACAACCAGGAGUGCGACGACUGUAGCUGUGGAUCAAACUGCAGCUGUGGGUCAAACUGUAACUGUUGAUGAAAUUAUUAUUGUGGUCUAAACCUUAUAUAUGCCAGAAAAAUUGGGGAAAAACUGUGUUUUAUGCUAAGAGAUGUUGUGUGUGUGUUGGAAUAAAGACGUGGCCGUUGUGUUGCGUAAAUAACUCUCUUAAGCUUUGACUUUUUUCCAGCUUUGUAUUUUCCUGUAUGUGGUGGUGAUGGUGUGAUUAUGUAAUGUUUUCAUAUUCAACGUAAAAAAAUAUUUAUGUGUAUUGACUUUUGUGACUA